UUUAGAUCUUUCGACCAUGUUGGCAGCAUGAAACGACGCUCCAGAUCCAGAAGUGUUGGAAGUAUUAAAGAUAUAACCCUAGAGGCAAAUGAAAAUCUUUCCAAGGACGAAGAAGUGAAAACAAAAAAACAUAAAUUAGGUUUACUCAAAAAGCAUUUAAUUGACUACUCAGCGAACUCAAAUCUCCACGGACUUAAGUACAUUGGUGAAAAGGACAGAACUCUGUUUGAAAAAAUUUUCUGGCUGUUAAUGUUUUCCUGUUCUUUAAUAUUCUGUAUUGGAAAGAUUCACUUAAUAUGGAUUAGAUGGAACGAAAGUCCCGUAAUUGUAAGCUUCGCGGAAAAAUCAACACCAGUUUGGCAGAUUCCUUUUCCGGCUGUAACAAUCUGUUCAGAAACAAAGGCGCGUCAAACGAUUUUUAAUUUAACAAAAUAUUAUCAUCUUUAUGACGACGACAUCACACGUUUAAAUUUAACCAAGAAAGAGCGCCGAUUAUUCGAAGAUGUUUCAAUGGUUUGCGAUGUGAACGUGGCAUCUUACUAUGGAACUAAAUUUUCUGAUGCAAAAGAAACUGUUCAAAAUAUUAAAGAGCUAUCUCCGAAAAUAAAUGAUACAUUUUAUGCCUGUGUUUGGAAGAACUCUCUAAGUAUCUGUUUAGACGAAUUUUUGCCGAUCAUCACUGAAGAAGGUGUUUGCUACACCUUCAACACCUUGGGUGCUGAGGAAUUAUUUAGACUUGAAAACCUCAAUAAGGACUACGAUUACUUAGAAUAUUCCAAACGAAAUUCCAGUCUUUGGACGUUAGAAGAUGGAUAUCCAGCUGAUAGUCCGGUAGAGACAUACCCUCAUAGAGGAAUUGGUUUUGGCAUUAAAUCAGGAUUGAAUAUAUUUUUACAAUCUAAAGAAAUUGAUCAGGACUUCCUUUGUAGAGGUCCUGUUAAGGGAUUUAAGAUAUUACUGCAUAAUCCGGCCGAACUGCCUCGUCUUUCAAAACAAUACUUCAGGGCACCUUUAUCUCAUGAGGUGGUUGUUGCAGUUAAACCUAACAUGAUGACGACCUCUAAAGGCUUGAAAUCUCUUGAUUCUUCGAGACGUCAAUGCUAUUUCCCAACGGAGCGUUUCCUUCAGUAUUUUAAAAUUUACACACAGGCUAAUUGUGAAAUAGAGUGUCUAUCAAACUUCACGUACGCCAGAUGUGGCUGUGUUCAUUUUGGCAUGCCUCAUGGUCCUAAAAUUCCGGUAUGCAACGCCCGCAAAAUCAUCUGUAUGAGUACAGCACAAAUGGAACUAGCCACAGCAGAAAUACAAAGUCAUCUGGGAAAAGAUACAACUGAUAACGGCACUCUGGGUAACGCUCUGUUAGUAGCUACAAAAUGCAAAUGUCUUCAAUCCUGUACAUCUAUAGAAUACGAUGCUGAAACAUCACAAGGCGAUUACAAUUGGCAACCCCUAUUUAAAGCCCUCAAGAUAGAUAUUAGCAAAGAAGACACGGAUGUUUCUAUUAGUCGGGUUUCAAUUUUCUUCAAAGAAGACCAAUUCAUUACAUCACGAAGAUCUGAAUUGUAUGGUCAGACAGAGUUUUUAGCCAAUGUCGGUGGUCUGCUAGGACUCUUUUUGGGCUUCUCCAUACUAAGUCUAGCUGAAAUAUUGUAUUUCCUUACCUUGAGGAUAUGGUUUUUUGUGGAAUCGCAGCCAAGCAAAUUAGAAACAAUCCCUUAGUGAAAAUGGACGUGAUAAUUUCAAAUUAUUUCAAAUAUCUAUUCAUUGCAGACAAACGAUACACAAAAUAACAUAUAGAAGAUUUAAAAUUGUGUGAGAAAUGGGUUUUUUUCUUGUCAAUUGGAAUUAUUUCAAUUUUCAAUUAUAAAAGAAUUGUAAAUCGGUGUAAGCUUCUGUCUCUUAAAAAUCCUGUCAUAAUUUAUUAUUCAUAACCAUUUUGAAGAUGGAUAUUUAUAUAAUGUGUAGGGUCAUUUUUAUGGAAAACGAAUGUACGUGUAUUUUAUAAUAUAAUAAAAACAUAUGUGUAUCGAGAACGUAAGAUGUAGGCAAUUUCAAGAAAAACUGUAAAAUAAAAAAUAAACUUGUAUCCCAAGUUAUUGUAUUCGCUUAAAUCGAUUUCUGCUCAUUCGAAUCAUUUGUUAAUCAUAAUGGAAAUACGGAAAAGCAGAAGCUUACAUUCAAGUUUACAUCAUCAAGUUACGUACGGAGCGUUUCAAGUUUUUUAUUCACAAAUCUAAAAACAGCAUUAUGUUAAAUAAGUUUUGUGAAUGAAAAAUAAGAAACGCUCUGUAUGCACUUCCGCAGUUUGUAUAAAUGUACAAAUGAGAUGACGGCAAACAGUGAAAUCAUAUAUAAUCAUAUGGAUUCCCAGCGAUAGCUUAACACUGACCAAUUGAACGAUCAUAAAUUGACUCUCAUAGCAAUGCGUAUGUAAAUGUAUUUAUGAAAUAAAACUUUGAACCCUUAGUAAUUUGGUACGCGAUUAAUUCUUUCGAUUCAAAUCGAAUUAAUAAUAAUCGUCUGAUCUAUAUGGCAUCUAAAACGGUCAUCACUACUGGUAGUAAUUUCCUUGGUUAAAAUCUAGACCUAAUAACAAAAUUUAAAGGCUUUGAUCUACUCUAUUAUCUUUAAAUGAUAAUAUUCGUGUAGAUUACCCUUCAAACGACCUUUCAAACUGAUUUUGUUUUGUAAAAAACUUCCGCUUGCAUAUAUUGUGUUUCACGUUUGUCCUGGAACAUUAAAUAUUAAAUUUAAAUUCAUUAAAUGAGCACAAGGUUUUAUUUUCCUGCAAAUGUUCUUAAAGUGGUUACUGUAAAUCAGACGUUGCCAAACCAUAUUUACAAUAGGCGAAGAUGGCGUGACUAAAAGUCAGAAAUUCUUUUAUUUAGCGCAAAGUUGCUGUAACGAAGGUUUUUUCACCUUAAAACAAUACUUUUAUACAAAUGACUGAACUAGACAUUAUUAUGUUAUGAGUAAUAUAUAUUUCUUUCAAUAUUAUCUUUUUUUUAAAUAUGGCCUUAUUAUCUUCUUACAUACAUAUUCAUUCAGUUAUGUACAUACGUUUAGGAAUGUUACGAUUGACAUUCGACUUUUAUUUCAACCAAAGCCUAAACAAAAAAAACCUUGCAUAAGUAACCUUCAACGGGUUUAGAGAACUAUUAAAUUCAUUUUUACAGUCGUUAUUAUCUUGACCUCCACCCUUGAAUUAAAAGUACUUCCUCUUAUCCUCUCUGCAUCUACACGCCGGAAAAAAAAUCCUUCGUAUAAAAUGUCAUCCUCAUUAAUUCACAUAUUAUUUAUUAAUAAAAAACUUAUUAAUUUAUUCUUAUAGUAUAUUUCAAAUAUAUAUCAGAACUUAGAGUCUAGAUUAUAUUAUAGGUUAUAGAAGUAAUCGAAAUUAUUAUACUUUUAAUUUAAGAACAUUUAAAAAUAAGUGUCACCUCGGUAUUGAGAUUACAGUCAAAAUAUUAUUGUUUCUAAAUUUUAAUAUUUUUAAGUUAUUAUUAAAAAUUUAAAUUAUAAGCUACAAAAAUAUUAUUCAAACAUUUAAUAUAUUUAAAUAACAUUUUACAAAAUUUCUGAGCACGCAAUGUCCUUCACAGAAAGUCAAAAAUUUUGUAGAGCACAUUGAAAUAAAAUGACAUUAUUUGUAUUGAA